AGUGAUAGGCUGCAGAAAGCAGGUCAGGGGUGAGUGGGAGCGCAGGUUACUGGCUGAGCUGACACAGUGUUUGCUGUGAUAACCAGCAGCUAUAAAUUGCUGACAGCUCCACUCCACCAGACUCAUCUCCUGCAGAGGAGGAGGGAGAGGGUUUUUACCUGCACUGAGCUCCCCACCUGGCUCAGGUGUGAGGGGAGCAGGCAAGAAACAGGCAGGAGAAGGCAGUGUCCCAGACCAGCAUGGCAUCUCUGCUGGACAAUGCAGCCAGACCUUCUGCUGUCAUCCUGCAGCUGUCUGUGCUGCUUGGUGUAACCUUCGUGCUGCUGAAGGUGCUCCAGCUCUUCUGGGAGAGGAAGAAACACAUCAAAGCUCUGGAGGCAUUCCCUGGGCCCCCAAAACACUGGCUCCAUGGCCACAAUCACCUGAUACAUCCUGAAAGCGUUUUACACAACAUGGUGUCAUGGGGAGAAGAAUAUCCCUAUGCCUUCCCCAGAUGGUUUGGGCCAUUCCUGCCUAGUCUAAUCAUCCACCAUCCUGAGUAUGCCAAGAGCAUACUUGGCCGAACAGAUCCCAAGGGUAGUGUACCCUACAGAUCAAUAGUUCCCUGGAUUGGGAGGGGGCUGCUGGUCUUGGAUGGAAACAAAUGGUUCCAGCACAGGAAGAUGAUCACCCCAGCCUUCCAUUACGAUGUGCUGAAAUCUUACGUGUCCCUGAUGUCAGACUCAGUCAAAGUGAUGCUGGAUAAAUGGGACAAUAAGAUCACAGAGAGGAAGUCAGUGGAGCUCUUUCAAGAUGUCAGCUUGAUGACACUAGACAGCAUCAUGAAAUGUGCCUUCAGUUUUGAUUCCAGCUGUCAGACUCAGAGCGACUCCCACUAUUACAUUAAAGCUGUUUUUGACCUGAGCUACCUCCUGAGCCGUAGACUGCAGACUAUGUCCUUCAAGGAUGUCUUCUAUGACUUCACUCCCAGUGGCCGUCAGUAUCAGGAGGCCUGCAAGCUGGCCCAUUCCCACACAGAUCAGGUAAUACAAGAAAGAAAGAGGUUGCUCUCUGAUGAGAAGGAACGUGACAAGAUCCAGAAGAAGAAGCACCUGGAUUUUCUGGACAUUCUUCUUUGUAGCAAGGAUGCAGAUGGAGUUGGACUGUCUGACGAGGACCUGCGUGCUGAGGUGGACACCUUCAUGUUUGAGGGUCACGAUACCACAGCCAGUGGCAUCUCCUGGCUCUUGUACUGCAUGUCACUGCACCCUGAGCACCAGCAACGCUGCAGGGAGGAGAUCCAGAGCAUCCUGGGAGACCGAGAUUCCAUUGAGUGGGAGGACCUUGGGAAGAUGACCUACACCACGAUGUGCAUCAAAGAGAGCUUGCGCCUGUUCCCGCCCGUCCCUUCCGUGUCCCGACAGCUCGCCAAGCCCAUCACGUUCUCUGAUGGACGCAGCCUGCCAGCAGACAUCCAGGUUGGAGUGAACAUAUUUGCUAUUCACAGGAACCGGGAUGUGUGGGAGGACCCCGAGGUUUAUGAUCCCCUGAGGUUUUCUCCAGAGAACUCAGCACAGAGGCACUCCCACGCUUUCCUGCCUUUCUCUGCUGGAUCCAGGAACUGCAUUGGGCAGCAGUUUGCCAUGAAUGAGAUGAAGGUGGCCCUGGCCCUGACCCUGCUGCGCUUCGAGCUGCACCCAGACCCAUCCAGGAUUCCCAUAAUGAUACCACAGAUCGUCCUCAGGUCCAAAAAUGGGAUACACCUGCAUCUGAAGAAGGUUUUGUGAUCCCAUGGGGUACCAUGGCAGGAGGCAAGAGCUCUCCCAAGGGACCCCCUCCAGCCAGGGGUUUAAGAGGGGAUCAGCAAACAGGCCCACAGUGGCCAUGCUGGACCUCUCCCACACUCACCCCUGCCCCACUGCUGUCCAGAGGGGCUCACUGAGCCACAGACACCAAGCCCAGCAGGUCAAGUUCCCCUCCUGCAGGGCAGCAGCACUGCUGAGGGGGUUCCACAGCGUGGCUGUGGCUCAUCCUUCACCUCCACAGGCAUCCUCCAUGCCCUGCUCACAUCCUCAUCUCCAGCCUGCCCCCACACACUCCCUGACAGGACUCCUGUCACCUGCCUGUGGAUUUGUCGCAUUCCCCCCUUGGGCUUGGCAGUGAACAGCUGGCAGGGUUUGCAGGGAUGCCUGGAGGCUGGGUGCUGCCCCAGCACAGAGCCCUGCCCUGCCUGCAGCCUGGGCCAGCAGGGCUCCUCCUGGCAGCCCCAGUGCAUCACCACCCUCCCAGCCACCCCUGUCCUGGGGCUGGCACUGUGCCCACCAUUGUGCAGGUGAAUGCCUGCAGCUCUUUUGUGCCCCAGCUCUGAACUUCCUUGAGCUGAGCCUGCUCAGCAGCCAGCACAGAAAGUGCCACCAGCCAACCUGAGGAAGCACUUGGCACUCUGGAAACAGCAGGUGAUCAGCAUUGUUCUCCUCUCUGAAAUGAGAAUAAAGCCUUGUGGUGAUGAUCUCCAA